CUGUGUUUGCGUACGACGACAAUAAUGCCGGCGAUCCACGACAUGUGCCACUGUUCCGCGGCCUCUAGAAUGCCAUUUGGUGUUGGCUACACCAUCUUAAAUUUACUCAUCAACUUGGUCGCACUCGAUCCAGUACACGAAGGACGGAGAGACCAGCACCAUCCAGUUAUCCUAGUCCCUGGUUUAGCCGGGUCUAGGGCAUACGUCAGACCAAGAGGUGAAGUGGAUGCAUCAUUUAUACAAAUAUGGCUCAAUAUCAGCAGUUUACUUAAUACCAGAAAGUUCACACAGGAGUUUGCGUAUGUGUGUGGUUCACCCAACCACACGAUGCCCCUCUCCUAUAUCUAGAUUAACGUAUCUGAACACAACCCAUCGAUCAUACGAUAGCGAAGAGUAUGAAGUUGUUUUUCCCGGCUGGGGAGACACUACGAAUAUUGAAUUCCUUGAUGAAUCACAGAAGGUGUUUGGCCGUAAUUACGAUGCACUUGUGGAGGAGCUGCUUAAAACACCGUUUUAUCAGCGGAACAUCAGCCUUCGAGGAGCACCGUACGAUUUUCGCAGAGCCCCACAUGAAAAUGAGAAAUUCAUGAGUCAAUUUAAGGAGUUAAUUGAGGAGACGUAUGUCCGAAACGGGAGAAGAAGGGUUGUUAUCGUUGCUCACAGCAUGGGAACUAUGUAUACUUUAUAUUUUCUGAACUUACAUUCUCAGUCGUGGAAAAAGACCUACGUGGAAGCGUUCGUGUCCGUCAGUGGUCCUUUUGGAGGAGGCUCCAAAGCUAUGGCAGUCAUUGCGAGUGGAGAUAAUCUCGGCAUUCCAUUCUAUCCCGCUUUGCUUUUGCGAGGGUUGCUACGGUCCUUUACUUCCUACGGAAUGUUUCUACCUGAUCAGCGGCUGUGGUCGCAGGAAGAACCGAUAAUCAUUACUCCAAAUGCCAACUACUCUGUCCACGAUAUAAAGCGAUUCUUUGAGGAUAUCGGUUACUUGAUUGGUUAUGACAUAUUCCUGACUGCCAAAAAUGCUUUCGAUUACCUCAAUGAGCCUGCUGGCGUGGAUAAUGUUUACUGUUUUCAUGGAACGGGAGUUCCGACAGUGCAGAAAGCUGUCUACAAAACGGCCUCUUCUGGAAUGAAAUCCUUUCCUGAUCAGUGGCCUCGAUUCGUGUACGGCGAUGGAGAUGGAACUGUUGAUCUACGCAGUCUCACUGUAUGUAAGAAGUGGACAAAUGUGCGUUAUGUGCAACUUCCAGGCGUCGACCAUGGAGCAAUUUUGAGGGACCAUCGUCUGUUUGCUUUAUUAAGGAAGAUUCUGCGCGUAUCAUAAUGACGCGAAGAUUUCUGUGAAAGCUGAGAUGUACAAUAGUUAAUAGAAUGAAACUAGUAUAA